UUGGAGGAUAGAACGGGAAAGUCCGGAGGGGUUUCUCUACACCCAUAGGGGGCAGGCGGAGUCGGCUGCCGGAGGUGCGGGGGCGGAGAAAGGGUGGGGACCGGCCCCGCGGGGGGCGAUGCGGUAGCUGCAGCGGCGGCCGCAGGAGUUUCCCACAAUGCAGCGCGGCGCGCUGUCCCCGGUGCUGAUGCUCAGCGCUGCCCCGGAGCCUCCGCCGCGCCCGCCUCCCGCCCUCUCCCCGCCGGGCCCGGGCCCCCGCCAUGGCUCGGCCCGGCCCAGCCCUGCCCCAGAGCCGUCGGGGGGCCUGGGCGCGGCGCUCGACAGCAGCCUGCGGGCCGCCGUGGCGUUCAAGGCGGAGGGCCAGCGCUGCUACCGAGAGAAGAAGUUCCGGGAAGCCAUCGGCAAGUAUCAUCGGGCACUGCUGCAGCUGAAGGCGGCUCAGGGGGCCCGCCCUGGAGGCCUGCCCGCCCCCGCCCCCGGGCCCGCCGGCAGCCCCGGGCCGGCCCGCCUCAGCGAGGAGCAGCGGCGCCUGGUGGAGAACACGGAGGUGGAAUGUUAUGACUCUCUCACCGCCUGCCUGCUGCAGUCGGAGCUGGUGAACUACGAGCGGGUGCGCGAGUAUUGCCUCAAGGUCCUGGAGAAGCAGCAGGGCAACUUCAAGGCCACCUACCGCGCCGGCAUUGCCUUCUACCACCUGGGCGACUAUGCUCGCGCGCUGCGCUACCUGCAGGAGGCCCGCAGCCGGGAGCCCACAGACACCAAUGUCCUCCGCUACAUCCAGCUGACUCAGCUGAAGAUGCACCGUUGCAGCCUCCAGCAGGAAGACAGUCGGGCCGGGGCCGGGACUCGAGAUGUCGUUGGCUAAGGCCAACCUAGGGGGACUUUCCCUCCCCCUACUCCCACCUCAGCGUGUAACUUCCCCUGACUUAUGUGUUUGCUGGUAAAGCCCUUGUCACUGGUGACCAUAA